UGCCGCGUUGGAUGGACUCGGCCUUGGAGAUGGCUGACGCCGCGAGCCUGCGGGCCCCGCUGUGCACGGAGCAGUUCGGCUCCGGAGCCCCGCGCGGCUGCCGUGCUGCCGCCGACGGGAGCCUGCACUGGGAAGGGGCUCCGCGCCGGGGCUGGCUGUCCCGGGCCCCGACGGCGAAGCCCGGGCAGGACGCGGGUGGUGGCGGGGCGCCCUGGGCAGCGCUGCCCGUUCUUUCCGGCCUCCGAGCCGUGCUGCUGCCUCGGGGCUUCCCUGACAGCGUCAGCCCGGACUACCUGCCGUACCAGCUGUGGGAUUCCGUGCAGGCCUUUGCUUCCAGCCUCUCUGGCUCCCUAGCUACCCAGGCAGUAUUGCAGGGCCUAGGGGUCGGCGACGCAAAAGCCUCUGUUUCAGCUGCCACGUCCACCUGGCUCGUGAAAGACUCAACGGGUAUGUUGGGCCGCAUCAUCUUUGCCUGGUGGAAGGGGAGCAAAUUGGACUGUAAUGCAAAGCAGUGGAGGCUCUUUGCUGACAUCCUCAAUGAUAUAGCCAUGUUCCUAGAGAUUAUGGCUCCCAUGUAUCCAAUCUUUUUCACCAUGACUGUCAGUACCAGCAACCUAGCCAAGUGCAUUGUGGGUGUGGCUGGUGGGGCCACUCGAGCUGCACUGACUAUGCAUCAGGCCCGAAGAAACAACAUGGCUGAUGUGUCAGCCAAGGACAGUAGCCAGGAGACAGUGGUGAACCUCGCUGGGCUCCUGGUCAGCCUUUUGAUGCUUCCUCUGGUAUCAGAUUGCCCAAGCCUCAGCUUCGGAUGUUUCAUCCUCCUCACUGCUCUCCACAUCUAUGCCAACUACCGGGCAGUCCGAGCCAUCGUCCUGGAGACCUUGAAUGAAAGCCGCCUCCAACUGGUCCUAAAGCACUUCCUUGAGAGGGGAGAGGUGCUUGAGCCUGCUUUAGCCAAUCAGAUGGAGCCAUUGUGGACAGGUUUCUGGCCAUCCCUAUCUCUGUCCCUGGGUGCUCCCUUACACCACUUGGUCUCGAGUGUCUCUGAGCUGAAGCAGCUGGUUGAGGGCCAUCAGGAACCAUACCUCCUUUGCUGGAACCAGUCACAGAACCAGGUACAGGUUGCUCUGAGCCAAGAUGCAGGCCCUGAGACUGUUUUAAGGGCUGCCACUCAUGGGCUGGUUCUCGGAGCCCUCCAGGAAGAUGGACCACUUCCAGGAGAGCUAGCGGAGCUGAGGGACCAGGUUCGGGCUGGUCCUAUGAAAGCAAGCUGGAUUCUUGUCAAGGAGACACAUCAAGUGUUGGACACACUGUUUCCAAAGUUCUUGAAAGGGCUGCAAGCUGCUGGCUGGAAGACGGAGAAGCACCAUCUAGAGGUGAAUGAGUGGAGAGCCACAUGGCCUCUGUCUCCAGAAAAGAAGGUGUCAUGAGCAGCCCGGCUGGGGCCCCGAGCCCAGGACAGGGGCCCUGAACAAGGACAUGUCGGCUUCAACAGGAUGUUGGAAGGGCAGCUUUAUUUUUGCACGGGCAAACUGCUACAACAAGUUGGUCACCAUCUUGUGGGCAGUGACACACAAUCAAAUGGGCUGGACCCCAGGUAAAGAGGAAGGGAACCAGUUCCUUCCUGCCACAUUCUCGCCCCCUUUCCACGAUCCACUGCAAGCUCCCUCCCUUCACUCUGUGAGGCGCAGACAUGCCAUGGCUGCAGCGCAUGGUGUACAGCACGUUUGACUUCAGGCAUAAAAGCCCCAGAGGAACACAGCUACGGUCAUCAUGAGCAGGGCGUUGAGGUUGACGACCUGGGCCCAGCUGGGAUCCUCCCUGAUAUCCUCUAGCCUCCUGGUUGCUGCAGCUGCCUCCUCAGUAGUGGGCGGAGGGCUCCCUGACCCACUCCUGCUCAUCCCGCAGAACCAGAGCAGGCACUGGCGGAGCGGGCCUGGAGCUGGGGCCUGGACCUCUGGAAGAAAUGCCAGUGCACAGUUAGUUUGAAGGGAGUUAGCUCACUAGCCUCCCAGGACAUGCUCCUGGGCGUGCCUUACCUUCGAUCCCCACUGCGUGCUCCUGACACCCAUUCUGCACAGGGGGAGGCGCUGGACUUUCUAACUCCUGAGCAUCCAGGUCCUCCCGCUCCUCCUUGCUGUGUCGGAGACUGUAAACCAGGCGGUGGAGCUGGGGAGUUAGGGAGAAGGGACCAGGUGGGAGUUGUGCCCUCCAUGCCAGGUCCACACUGGCACAGCAGCUUUGUCGAUGCCCUGCCCAGCCUCCCUCUUCUGGCAUGUGCACUUGCUUGGGCUCAGGUCACUCAGACUCUCCUUUCCAGGGUAGCCUUUGCCUCCACACUGAACCCCAAGAUCCUCAUCUAGUAUUAAGUCAUUGGCCCUGUCCACUCCCAUGCUUUACCCCAAGAAUUGUUGACACCCAGAAUUGUACUUCUUCAGGCUGGUCUUAAGUUCUGAUCAAUGUAUUUUUGUGUCAUUUGCUCUGCUUCCUAGAAACUUUAGUUAAGUAAAUGUGCUUGCCCUGGACAUACAACCUCA